AUGCAUACCGGUUACCACGCCCUCAUCGGCGCCGCGGCCGACAUCCCCACCAACCCCUCUAAACCCAUCAUCUCCUUCAGCCCCGUCGUCCUCCCCGCCCCCGGCCGUCCCGUCGACCUCCAGCUGCGCGUAACGGUGCCCUCGACCGGGGACGCCCUGCCGAUCAUCCUCCUCUCGCACGGCCAGGGGCGCAGCAACUCGCUCUCGUCGCUGGAGGGGUACGCGCCCCUGUACGAGUUCUGGGCCGCGCACGGCUUCGCGGUGCUGCAGCCGACGCACCUGAGCUCGGCGUUCCUGGGGCUCGAGGCGCCCGAGGGCCAGGAACUGUUCUGGCAAGAGCGAGCCGCGGACAUGGUGCGGAUCCUCGACCACCUCAACAGCGUCGAGGCGGCCGUGCCGGGGCUCCGGGGCCGCCUCGACAAGCGGCGGGUGGCGGUCGCGGGCCACUCGGCGGGCGGGUGGACCGCCGCCAUGCUCCUGGGUGCCAGCAACACGGACCCGCGCGACGGGUCCACGUGGUACGAGCCCGAGACGCGCAUCAAGGCGGGCGUCGUCCUCGCCGGCAUCGGAAACGGCGGCGCGGAUAUCUCGGCCUUCGGGAAGAGACUCGUCCCCUUCUAUGGCGCGAGCUUCGGCAACAUGGCCACGCCCGCGCUCGUGGUGUACGGUGACGAGGACGUCAGCCCCCAUUUGACGAUCCGCGGCGCCGACUGGCAUGCCGACCCGUACGCGCUUGCUCCGGGGCCGAAAGAUCUGCUUACGCUCAAGGGCGCCAGACAUAGCCUUGGGGGUAUCAGUGGGUGGGACGCGCGCGAGACGUUGGAUGAGAGUCCGGAGCGGUUGGCGGUAGUGCAAAGGAUGACGUGGGCGUAUUUAAGGAGUCAGCUCUAUGAGGGAGAUGGGGCUUGGGCAGAGGCAUGUAAGGCGUUGGAGGGGCUUGAGGGGCAGGGGAAAGUCGAGAGGAAAAAGUGA